AAGCCGAUAGUGUACGCGCGACACAGUCUCGGCGCCUUUGUACCGACGCUGACGAUUCGCGGGAGUGUUUCAGCAGCCAGCGUUUCAAAGCUUCAGUUCUCACCUGGAAAGUACAAACUCAAGUUCCGUUCUCAAUUCAGCCGUCCCAUCCGAGCACACGUCGUAAUUGUGUAUUGGACGUUUCGAGCAAUUAAUUUCUGUCCAUCUUCGGGUAAGAACAGCGCAAUUAAACGUCCAUUUUCUGAAAACGCUGACAAAGCAGAGAGUCAUCGCAACGAUGCUCCAAGAUGAAAAUCACGAUGGACCUAUGAUAUAACCUGCAAACACGUUCAAAUGCGAUGAUUCCUCAAGCUAAACAUCACGACUUCUACUUGUUAUGCGUCCAUCACGGAGGAGUAAGCUAUUUGCGAAGAUAGCAAUUUGUAUUGUAAUUUUUUUGUCCCUUGUCUACUACCUUAACUUGACGAAUGUGUUCCUCAAUUCCUCUGAUUCCUCUCCAUUUGAGGCUCAAAAUACUAGUCAUCGAUCAAACUUUUCUACCUCCUUAAAAAACAACAAAACUUUGCUACAAAUCCAGAAUAACUCGUUGACCAACUGCAUCAACAAAUGCACUGCUGCACUUAAGAAGCAGCUCUACAAUGUCUGGUGUAUUUUUACUAAAGUUGCUAGUAAUUCACCAAUGAAAAGAAAGUUUCGUACUUUUUUUGACUCACUUGUCAGGUUCUCAUCAGGAGACAUUGCUUUUCAUUUAAUUACCGAUGAGGAAAGCCAAUCUAUUGCAGAGAACAUUAUUGACUAUGUAUUAUUUGUAUAUAGAAAAAGAGUUCAGGUGCAAUAUUAUAAUGUGCACAAGUCAGCUAAGGAGAUAGAAGAUAUAGUUUCAGUGAUGUCCUCUUUCUUUAGUAGCAAACCAGGAACGUACUAUUCAGAUGCAUUGUUUUUUAUUUCUCUUGGUUUACACAGGAUAGCUCCAUUGAAUCAAGACAUGGCAAUUAUGGUGGACGCUGAUACAAAGUUUAGGUCAAACAUAAAAGAGCUUUUCAAGGAAUUUGAUCAUUUCAAUAAAGAUGCUUUGUUUGGUUUGGGUCCAGAGUUAUCUCCUGUAUAUCGGCAUGUAUUAUUCUUGUAUAGAAGUAAAAAUCCUAAAACCAUUUUUGGAGAGCCUGGGUAUCUUGGUGGAUAUCCUGGAUAUAACAGUGGAGUUAUACUUAUUCACUUGAAGAGGCUUAGAGAAUCUCUAGAAUAUGAUCAAAUUGUUGGUAGAGAUAGCGUGGAACAUUUGGUGGAGAAGUAUGAAUUUAAGGGCCAUUUAGGAGAUCAAGAUUUCUAUACGUUAUUGGGAAUGGAAAGACCAGAAAUGAUUCACACUAUAGACUGUGGUUGGAAUCGUCAGCUAUGCACAUGGUGGAAGGACAGAGGCUAUGCUGAUGUAUUUGCCAAUUAUUCGCGAUGUAAUUCAGAAGUUAAAUUAUGGCAUGGUAAUUGUAACACUCCAAUACCUGUUGACUGAUCACAUUAUUCAUUUUGUUCAUUUAUUUGGUAAAAAAAUUGCGAUAGUAUGGCUUCCAUAACAACAGAAUAUUACUUGUUCAAACAAGCAAGUACUAUUUAACUUGACUUUUAUCUAGAAUUCAUUUUGAGCUUCAUAUUACUCAAAAUAAUUGCAAUCAAAUUUCAAUUUAAAAUAUUAAUUAGGAUAAUACUAAUAUUUCUUCGCAAAAAAAAAUAAUCCAGAUCAGUCUGAUGAUUUAGUAAAUUAUAUAAAAAGAGUGAAUACAAUCUAAGACAGAUCAAUACUUUCUUCCAACUCAUGACGAGAAAUAUAAUUGUAUAUUUUAUUUUUAAUGGACAAUCAAAACUAUUUUUUUGAAUCAAUUCAGAUUACUCUGUAAAGUUAAAAAUAGGAUUCUUCGAAUAUCGUAUAACAAUAUGUGUAUAUAAGAAUGAUUUUUCAUGAAACAUUCGAGAAGUUUUCUUAGUAUUGAAGCAAUUCGACUGUGAUUUCUAUUGCAAUAUCGUGAAAUAUUGGUCGUUUAAAUAUUGAUAUUCUACGUGUCAAUUAUAAACCUUAUUUCAAAUGACUACAUAUGGACUUGUAGUAUUAAAUUUUAUAAUGUAUUGUAUUAAUAAUUAAUGAAUCAAUAAAGAAAUUAUUAAAAUUUCUUUAAUAA